UUUCACCAGGUUAUAUCAGUUCAGCUGGAGAAGCCUCGGAUACUUUAUCUGUGAACAUCACCAGUCGUCGAAUAAAUCGUAAUAAUAAUCGUAGAACGAACGCAAGUGCACCAGCCUCACCUGGACGCAAUAUGUUAUCGUCUCGAUCAAUAAAUUAUACAAAUAAUAAUGUAAUAACUCCUGCUACAGCUCAAAAUGGCGAUGAUGACGAUCUAAAUUUAAUGAAUCUUGCGAAUUAUUUCGAUCCGGUUCAUAUUGCUGAUCUAGACGGUCAUACUGCCAUUGUCAAUAGUCUUGAAUUUGCACAUCGCAGCAAUAAGUUAUUAUCAGGAGCGGAAGAUGGCACUGCACGCGUUUGGGAAUAUAAUUAUGUCUUUAAACGGUGGACUUCAAUCAUUUUGGACAUUAGAGGGUCUAAUAACAACGCAAAAGUUACUUCUAUGCGUUGGAGUCUUGAUGAUACUAAAGUGAUAAUUGGGAAUAAUUACGGUAUUAUUACAAUCUUUGAUAGCGAAAAUGGAGAAGUUAGAGUUCGAAUAAAUGCGCACAAUGAUAAGAUAUUUGUACUAGAUAUUCAUCCACAUGAUUCUCGUGUGAUGAUGUCUGCAGGAUAUGAUGGCCGUAUUGUAAUGUGGGAUAUUACGAAUGGCCGAGCUAUAAAGGUCUGGGAUCCGAGUAACUUGGAGUUUCUUGGCGACAAGUUUGAGGUUCUCGAUGGAAAAUUCCGUGAUGAUGGAGAAAUGUUUGCUGUAAGUGACGGCAGGGGGAAGUGCCAUCUUAUUGGAAUCGAUCAGACGUGCAAUUAUGAUAAAUAUCGUAUCCGUGCAAAACAUGGACAGAGAUUCUUCGAAGAUUAUACGACUAGAUCCGUGGUAUUCUCCGAACAAGAAUGGACGUUUAUUGACAACGAUAGUGGU